AUGGACCAGAUAUGCAGCGAGCUGCUGGCACCCGCCAACGCAACGGCCGACAGCAAGGACCCCACCAAGCUGCACUAUGGCUGCGGCGUGGCUACCACAGCACAGGUCAACAGAGUUUCGGGUGACCUGGCAGCGCUCGAGCCCAAGAUCACUGCCGCCGCCGCCCAAGUCAGCUCCGUGCAGGCCACCGUUGCCCAGGGAAGCAACCAGACGGCCUCGCUGCGCGCCCAGGUGGCUGAGCUCACAGCGGCGGCCGCGGCGCUCAGCGCGCUUGUGCAGCAGCUGCAAGCAAACGCAGCCAACGCCACCAACCCGGCAAGCACCAUCUCCCAGGAGCUCGCUGCCCUUGCAGCGGCCGACACGCGCACUGCCCAGAAGCUGGCCCUGCUGGCGGCGGCCAAUCAGACCCUGACCCAAGACAUCGCGGCGCUCAAGUCCGUGCCGCAGCAGUGCACCUGCGGCCCGGAGCUGUCGGCCGUCGACACCACCCUGGCCGCCAUCAAGGCAGCCCAGACGGCAGGCACGGCGGCAGUCUCCCUGGCCAAUGCCACUGUGGAGUCACUGAAGGCCACCAUCACCACAAGCGCGGCAGCCAUCGCGUCGGUCAACACCAGCCUCGUUGCCGUGGCAGCCGAUGUAGCCAAUGUGUCUGCCACUGUGUCUGCCAUCAAUUUCACCGACUACGUAAAAACCGCCGACCUGGCCAACGUCAACGCAGUCAGUGUUGCGCUUGAGGAGCUGGGGCUGGCGUAUGAGGCCCACACCAUCGACAUACGCAAGGGUGACCAGUUCUCUGAGGAGUUCAAAAAGAUCAACCCAAACAGCAAGAUCCCCGCAAUAGUUGACCCAGACGGGCCGGGCGGCAAGCCCCUGGCUGUGUUCGAGUCUGGCGCCAUCCUGCUGUACCUGUCUGAAAAGGCGGGAGGGAAGCUUCUGCCCUCGGACCCCGCCCUCAAGUGGGAGGCGCUGAGCUGGCUGUUCUGGCAGAUCGGCGG